AUGAAUGCUGCAGCCAAGGGUGACAAGGCCUCGGCCGAAUCCAACUACCACCUCGCCAUCCAACACUAUACCCACGCCUUGAGCGAGCUCCCCCGCGCUCCGGCAUACUACAUUUCGCGAUCGACUGCCUAUUCCCGCCUCAAGCCCGCAGAUGGUGGACCCGACUACCAAGCCGCACUUACCGAUGCCGAAAUAGCGCUCCAGCUUGCCAAAGAGCGUGGAAACCGAGAGCUGAUUCUCUCCGCACAGAUGCGCCGGGCCGUGUCGCUGUACCAGCUUGAGCGAUAUGGAGAUGCAGGAUAUGUGUUUGAAAUCAUUGCGAAGAAAACCAAGAGCGAAAAAGCCCCAGAGAAUAAAUCCGAGCAGGUGCAGGCUGCCAUGGGAGGACCGGGUUCCGGAUGGGGAGGCCCCAGAAACAAUUACAGUGCCCAAAUGCCCAUUUGGACUGCCAAACUUCAACGCAAGCUAGCAGAACUUCCCAAAGAUGACCCAAAGUGCACCGUGUCUAUUACUGAGUUCCCGUCUUCCACCUAUAUUCCGACCGGGGAUGAGGUGAAGGAUCAGUGGAAUGCUCUCAAGGCCGACAAUGACGUGGGGAUGGCCGGAUCCUCACAGAAGAAUGAAUUUCAGCCCCCGAAGCCCCAAAUCUCGGCCGGAUCGACCUUAUCCCCAGCGGAGGCUGCUUUGGCUUCUCAAAUUCAAAUCUCAAACAUCAGUUCUCCAGCUACCUCUAUUUCCCCGGGAAAGGUUCGCCAUGAGUGGUAUCAGUCACAGGACUCUGUAGUUGUGACUCUUUAUGUCAAGGGAAUUCCACAUGAGAGUGUCGCAAUCGAUCUGAAAGAAGAUUUUGUCUCGCUCCAAUUCCCCCUCCCAUCUGGCUCUGAAUACGACUUUACGCUCGACCCGCUAUAUGCAGCUAUUAAUCCGGCCGAGUCCAAGGUUUCAGUCAAGGGCACCAAGAUUGAACUCACUCUGCGAAAGAAGACAGCCGGCCAAAAAUGGGGUACCCUCGAAGGCUCGGCCGCCAACCCCCCUGAGAUCAUCGACCGUCCAGCCGCACAAAUCGCGCCAGCUAUCUCGGGCCCUUCAUAUCCCACCUCGUCACGCCACGGCACCAAGGAUUGGGACAAAGUCGCAUCGUCGCUCACUGAGAAGCCGAAGGACAAGUCAGGCAACGCAGCCGAUUUAUCGGAUGACGAAGGUGGUGAUGCUGUCGACGGGUUCUUCAAGAAGCUGUAUGCUGGCGCAGACCCAGAGACACGUCGAGCUAUGAUCAAAAGUUACACCGAAAGCCAGGGAACAUCGCUGAGCACGAACUGGUCUGAGGUUGCGAAGGGGAAGGUGGAACCCCACCUUAAAUGA